GGUGCGGCCUGCUAAGAGGGCUAUAAAUCGCCCUGGCUCGUCAAACUGCUCGGUAAACAGAUCUGGUCUUUUGUGGGGACGUUCCUGAGGUCAUCUGCUGGUGGUCUCCUUUGUUUUCCUGUAGUGGAGGGUCAGGUCAAGUCAGAAAUCACUCAUUCAGUUUCCUGAUCUACCACCUUUUCCCGGGUUCUUCUGAGCUGGUUUCAGACCAUUAAGUACCCCACAAAAAUGACUGUUUACAACGCAUUGUUGCUCUUUCUGUGUGCUGGGAUCAUGGAACCUACCCUCUCAUGGCCGUGGCCAGCAGGCAGCAUGAUGAGUUCUAGUCCCCUGCUGAGCGAGUUCGCUUCUCUGUUCGCCGGUCAGUACAGUAACAUGGAGCAGUACCUGGAGGACCAAGCCAACAACGUUACAGGACAGGACAAACAUUUCUGGCUACAGUUCUUCUACGUUCCAGUUGAUAUUCCUGCCCUGGCUCCUGCUGUGACGUUUUACUACGAGCUAGUUGUCGCUGGCUCCAGCUCACCGGCCAGACAACAGGUCUACGCCUUCACGAAGGAGAGUCCUUGCAGUGUACGACAAGCUUCUUACGAGAUCGCCAACUCGUCCCGGUUUAGUACAAGGCCGGCUGGUCUGAGAGCUCUGACGUCACUGUCUACGUCAGAACUAAGCAACAGACGAGAAUGCGACGCCAUCUGGAGAAAAACAGGCGAGGACUCCUUCCGGUCCGAACUGGCCACAGACAGGUGUAACUUUACCUUCUUCGGAAAAGAGGUUCGCCCGGAGGGACACAGAAACCUGUCUUGUGACGGACUGACGUUUGUAGAAACUUUCAACCAGAUCUCCGACGGGGCCGUGGUGUCAGGGACCAGCAUACGCUACGACAUGCAGCUCGUGGGGCAGCGGUAUUCCCCGCCUUUCUCGGUGGUUCCAGGCUGUGUCCAGCGACCUUGCCGUCCGAAAACCGCCACGCCUGGACCCUCGUUCACUGACAUCAAGCAGCUCCUCUCUCAACACGGCGCCUGACAGUACCGAGAGAUGAGCUUUGUUCCCUAAUCAUUUAUUUUUUAUCUCUCAAUGAUUAAAUAUUCAAUGAGUUGAGAAGAGAGCAGCUCUUCUGAACGAGAACACGC